AGAAGAGGAAACAGAACAGCUGAGCUCUGUUUUGGUUUUCUCUUUGCCUUUCUACUUCUAAGAGAGUCCUGGGAGGGAGGACAAGGGAGCUUCCUGAAUUGAGGCAGCAGUUUGGCUACGGGACAGCCUAGGGAAGGAAGCAGAAGGAGGCUUUCGUCGCCGGGAGCUCGGGGCCCACUGACCAGUGGGAUUUAGUGUCUCUAGUGGAGUGUGUUUUCUGUCCUAUUGAGUAUCUGCCUGGGAAUCCGACCCAGGGGAGCCCCCCUGGGAGAAUGGGUGAUCUCCAGACUUACUUGGAUGUCAACGAACAAAAGUAUUCCCGACAGCUGUACGUCCUGGGCAGAGAUGCCAUGAGGAGACUACGGGGCUCUUCCAUGCUGGUGUCUGGCAUGAAGGGGCUGGGUGUCGAGAUUGCCAAGAACCUAGUCCUGGCCGGCGUGGGCAGCCUCACCCUGCACGAUCCCAGGCCGACCUGCUGGGCGGAUCUCGCUUCCCAAUUCUUCCUGUCCGAGAAGGACAUAGGACAAAAAAGGGCCGAAGCAUCUCUGGCCCCCCUAGCCCAGCUCAACAGCGAUGUGCGCGUCACUACCCACGAUGGACCCCUCACUGAGGCUGUGCUGCGGGGAUUCCAGGUGGUGGUACUGACGGACUCCACACUGGAAGAACAGCUGCGGGUGGGAAGCCUUUGUCACGAGCAUGGGGUGCGCUUCCUGGUGGCCAGCACUCGGGGCCUGGCGGGGCAACUUUUCUGUGACUUUGGGGAGAAAUUCACCGUCUACAAUCCCAGCGAAGCCGAACCCGUGGGGAACAACAUCCGCCACAUCCGCCACAUCUCCCGGGGCUCCCCGGGGAUACUCGCGGUGCUGGAAGAAGCUGGCCACGAUUUCCAGGAUGGGGCCUGGGUGACCUUCUCUGGCAUUGAGGGCAUGACCGAGCUCAAUGACUGCGCUCCCCGGCCCAUCCGAGCUCGAGACAGAUGGACCUUAGAGAUUGGGGACACCACAGCCUUUUCGCCCUACCUGCAAAGUGGAGUCGUCACGGAAGUCAGGAAACCUCAGACUUACUCCUACGAAGCUUUGUUCUCGUCACUGGAACAUCCCAGGAUCGUGGCAGCUAGCAAUCAGGAGGCACAGCGUGCCCGCUGCUUGCAUCGGGCCUUCCGGGCGCUGCACAAGUACCAGGCUCAGACGGGCUGCCUCCCCAGGCCCUGGAACCUGGAGGAUGCAAAUAAGCUGGUGGUCCUGGCCCAGGGCCUAGAACCUCUUCAGGGAGAUAAUGGCAGGAAGUCAAAUGAGCCCCUCGAUGAGGCACUGGUGAGGGACUUUGCUAUGACCAGCACUGGGGACCUGAGCCCCAUCAACUCAUUCCUCGGCGGGAUGGCAGCCCAGGAGAUGCUAAAGGCAGCCUCAGGGAAGUUCCAGCCCCUGAACCAGUGGCUGUACUUUGAUGCUCUUGAAUGUCUGCCAGAAGAUGGAAAGUUCCCCCUGACUCCAAAGGCAUGUGCCCCAAGAAACUGCCGUUAUGAUGGACAGAUUGCUGUGUUUGGGAAUGAUUUCCAGAAGAAGUUGGGCAAGCAGCGCUACUUCCUGGUGGGGGCAGGAGCCAUUGGCUGUGAGCUCCUCAAGAUCUUUGCAAUGCUGGGGUUGGGAGCUGGAGAGGGCGGGGGUAUCACAAUCACUGACAUGGACACAGUGGAGCUCUCCAACCUCAACAGACAGUUCCUCUUCCGGUCACAGGACCUACAUAAGUCAAAGUCAAAAGCAGCAGCUCUAGCUGUUAGGAGCAUGAACCCGGCUCUCUCGGUGACCACAUAUACAAGUGAACUGGGCCCUGACACUGAACACCUCUUUGGAGAUGACUUCUUCUCCAGCCUCAAUGGUGUGGCUUCUGCUGUGGACAGCUUCCAAGCCCGCAAUUACAUAUCCAAACGAUGCGUCCGCUACCUGAAGCCAAUGCUGGAGUCAGGCACUCAAGGCACCCUAGGCAGUGCCUCCAUCUUUGUGCCCUUCCUGACCGAGCCAUACCCCAUGACUGCGGAAGAUGCCCCAGAGACCGCAUACCCUCUCUGCACCCUACGCAGCUUCCCCAGUACCAUUGAGCACACGCUACAGUGGGCCCGGAAUGAGUUUGAAGGGCUGUUCAGAUUGACAGCAGAGACCAUUAACCGCUACCUACAGGAGCCCGGCUUCCUCAAGGAGUCGGAGGAGCCACAAGCCCUCGAUCACCUGAAGACGGCAAGCACUUCCUUCCUGGCCCCGCCACAGUGUUGGCGAGACUGUGUGGCCUGGGCCCGGGGGCGCUGGCAACAUUGCUUCCAUGACAGUAUAACCCACCUUCUUCAAUACUUUCCCCCUGGCAAGAUGAACGAGGAAGGAGAGUCUUUCUGGUCUGAAACAAAGCCCUGUCCCCGGCCCCUGGAGUUUGACAUCGGCCGAGACUCCCACGUGGAUUAUGUCCUGGCAGCCGCCAACCUGUACGCCCAGAUCCAUAAGCUGCCGGGCUCCCGAGACCGGGACGAGGUCCGUGCGAUUCUCCGGGAUCUGCCCGCUCCGGCCUUCCAGCGCCGCCACGGCCCCGUCUUUGCCGACGACCAGGAGCUGAAGCAGGCCUCUGCGAGAUGGGAUCCCACCCAUCUCCAAGAACUAUGUUUAACUCUGGAGAGAUGGCGAGGAACUCCCUUGGAGCCACAGCUAUUUGAGAAGGACGAUGACAGUAACUUCCAUGUGGAUUUCAUUGUGGCUGCAUCCAAUCUUCGAGCCAACAACUAUGGAAUACCCCCAGCUGACCGAAACAAGAGUAAGAAGAUCGUGGGGAAGAUCAUCCCAGCCAUAGCCACGACAACGGCCGUUGUGGCUGGGCUGGUUGGCUUGGAGCUAUAUAAAGUGGUGAUGGGACAUCAGAGGCUGGAGUCCUACCGCCACAGCCGCCUGCAGCUGGCUAAACCUCAUUUCUUUCGCUGCAUCCCCAAGAAGCCGUGCGUCCAACAGUAUCGUAAUAGAAGCUGGACAAGCUGGACCCGGUUGACAGUGCCCGCUCCUGCCCCUGGUCAGCCAGAGAUGACCCUGAAGGACCUGCUUACCUAUCUCCAGGAAAAGCACGACCUUCCAGUGACCAUGUUGUUACUGCCGGACUCUCCUUAUUGUUUGUACUCAAGGCGCUGGCCAGAGGCUCAGCAAAACCUCCAGCUCAGGGUGACAGAAUUGGUGCGUAAGGUGACCGGCCAGGAGCUGAACCCGGGCCAAAAGGAGCUGAUAUUUGAGGUCUGCUGUGAGGACGAAGAGGAGGACACUACCUUCCCCCCGGUGCAUUACAGCCUAGGCUCGGGCCCCCCAAAUCAUUAAUAAAACCGUUGACGAAGCCUUAA